GCUUCCAACACACAAUCCACAACACAGCUUGGGAACUCAAAAGCUACAGAUCCAGCCACUCAACUCUAAGCAUUUCAGAAUCGUGUGCACAUUCUCCAGGCACAAGAAAGGAAAGGGGGGUGGGGGGUGGGGGAAGCUAGUGAUCGAUUUUUAACAAAAGAACUAGAGUACUGAAAGGCAGAAUUUCAGAGUGCAACUACCUGCUGGAAAAGGAGCUCUUUUUCCUCUCCAAAGCACUGCCUUUGAUGAGGUAAAAGCAUUUAAUACAGAAGCUCUGGCAGUGUGAAAUUAGGCUGCAGAAAGCCUGGGCACUGGAAAACUUCAACAGAUAACAGGAGAAGGGUUUAAUUGUAAGAAAUGGAUGCUAAAGGUUUACAAGGAGAAGAUAAACUGAAGAUGCUUAUAAUUUUGCUAGCAUAUUUGCUAAGUAGGGUAAUUUGUGAGACUGGAGAUUGCAGAGAGCAAGAAUUCAGGGACCAUGCUGGAAACUGUGUCCUCUGCAAACAAUGUGGACCUGGAAUGGAACUCUCAAAGGAAUGCGGCUUUGGAUAUGGGGAGGAUGCACAGUGCAUGACAUGCCGGCCAAACAGAUUCAAGGAAGACUGGGGCUUUCAGAAGUGCAAGCCUUGUCUGGAUUGUGCAUUAGUUAACCGGUUUCAGAAGGCCAACUGUUCUGCCACCAGCAAUGCACUAUGUGGAGACUGUUUGCCAGGAUUUUAUAGGAAGACCAAGCUUGGAGGCUUUCAAGACAUGGAGUGUGUUCCUUGUGGUGAUCCUCCUCCUCCCUAUGAGCCUCACUGUACCACCAAAGUAAAUCUUGUGAAGAUCCCUUCAACUGCUUCCAGUCCUCGAGACACUGCUCUAGCAGCUGUUAUAUGCAGUGCACUUGCAACAGUGCUCUUAGCUCUCCUUAUUCUUUGUGUUAUCUAUUGUAAGAGGCAGUUUAUGGAGAAGAAACCAAGCUGGUCUCUGAGAUCACAAGACGUUCACUACAAUGGCUCUGAAUUGUCAUGUUUUGAUAGACCACGGCUAAAUGAAUAUGACCACAGAGCAUGUUGCCAGUGCCAGAGAAGAACAUCACAGACAUGUGGACCGGUUCACUUGAUUCCAUCACUGUGCUGUGAUGAAACCUGUAGCAUGGAACACAGCAGCCACAGUUGUGCUUUCCACUCACAGACUACGCUUAAUGAAAGGGCUUCUGAUUCUGUUGGAGAAAUGAUUCCUGCCUUCCUUGGUUCCCUUUCACACUCUACCUGUGGAGACAUUUCAGAUGCUUGGCCCCUUAUGCAAAACUCAGCUUGUUGUGACGGCAUUUCUUUCUGUGAAUCGUAUUCAGAACUAGCUGGAGGAUCUGCAAAAUCCUGCAGCCCUGAGACUGAAAAUGCAGCCACUGUUGAGUUGGAUAAUGACCAGGAACUAAGUGAAGUACUUAUUUCAGCUAAGUCUCUUGAUGGGAAUGUUGCAAAGUCCUUUGAAAUCUCCAAACACAGAACAUGCAUAGAAAUUUCAUCACUUCAGAACUCAGCGGCUGCUGAAACCCAGCCAACAACAAAGCGUAAUGGAACAGCAAAUGACUCUACAGACUGAUAAAGAGGAAACCAAGCUAUUCCUCUCAGCACUAAAGCUGAAAGCUUCCCUUAUGCUCCUCUGCAGAUUCUCAUCAAAGUUAGUCUGGUCUUCGAUGUAGCAUGGUUUCAAAAUCAGCUGGGAAAAAAUGGCAUCAUUUCACACCUUCUGCGCAGUUGCAUCUGAGCUGUAACAGCUGAAAAGUGAAACUUCAAGGAGCAUCCUAGGAGAACCCUGAAAGUGGAUUUAUGACACUUUUUUAAAAAGAACCUCCUGUUCCCUCAGAUUCUCAAAAAGUCUAGUAGCGUGAGCUAAAAAGUAUAUGUAAAUACAGCAAGAAAUAUAAAUACUUCAGUAUGUUUAAGUGGGUAUCUUAAAUAUGGCUAGAGAUGUCUGAAGGCGUGGGACAAGACGUUGCCAGUUAUUCUGCUUGCAGAUUUAUGCAUGCAUUAGGAAUUUUUUUGGCUGGUUCUAAUUUUAAAUCAGUUUUCUACUGUUGAAGGACUUAAAAAAUAAACAUUUCUAUUUUUGCAAGGAUCAUCUAUUGAUAAACUGAAGCUUUUACUCUAUAUUACCUGAUAGUCAAUAAGCUAGUUUGGGGAGUUAAAGAAUUUGCAUGUUACAGUAUGUAUGGUUGAAGUCCCCUCCAUCCAGUUAUUACAUUUGUGUGAGGGGCAUUGUUUUGUUAAACAUAGCAGGAGGUUAGUUUUAAAUUAGAUUUAGCUUAAUGAAAGUCAGCCAUAUAGAUAAGGAUGUUGUGUUUAAUUGGUAGUCUCAGUAUUGGAAUACAGCACUUGGUGGAUGUCAAAAUAAAUGUAAUCAACUGUCACAUCAGAAUGUCAAACUAUAGCAGGUGUGCCAUGAAAGUAUUCAUACGACGAGACUAUUGCUAAUAUUUUUUAGUAACACAUUAAUUUUAAGGGGUUUUUUAUUUGUGUCACUCUGUCAUUCUCACUGUAGUAUUGUGUAAAUUCAAAAUUUCCCACACAAAAUAUAAAAAUUAAUUCAUAACAUUAAAAAUCCCCAAACCUCUGAAUUGAAUCUUCAAAGUUGCAUGCAGACCUAGUAAAUUACCAACUGCCCUCAUUGCUGUUCUUCAAGAUUUUUUUAACUACAGUUUGUUGCACUACAUCCCAUAAUACCAUUUGUUCUGCAGCCAUUUUUAUCAUUAAAAUAGAUUUCACUUCUGUGAGUAAUCUCAUUAACCUCUACUGAUUCAUUACCUUCAGCAGGCUCAAACUUGUUGGUGACAAACACUAGCAACUAUUCUUUAAAGUACCCAGUGUGCCUUGACAGAAGCAAAGCAAUGAGCAAAACAGAUGCAAAUUUGCAAUAAAUGUUACUCAUCUUUCCACACGUGGUUUGUGUGGCAAUGGAAACGUUGAGACAGUAUUCAUAUUCUGUAGUGGAAAAAGACUUCUGCUUUGAAGUAGAAGGUUGAACCUGCACAAGACUAGGUGAAGCCAUUAGAGGCAGCCAAGGCAGUAAGAUGCUUCAGCUCUUCACCAGUGAGAUAUUAUUCAUGUGUGCAGAAAUCAUGAGUAACAGUUACCAAAUGCAAACCAAAGUGAGCGAAGAAAUUAUGGAAGUGAUUUUUUCUUUUGUUAAAAGUAGUAAAUACCACCAUUCAAUCACAGACAGAGUAAUACAGUUGUGCAGGGAGUACAGUUACUCAGCUAAAUACUUUAAUGUUCAAAUAAGAGUAGUUUUGAGUAAUUUCUUUGAAUACUUUCAUACAUUUAAGAAGUGACAAAACUUAUUUUUCACUACAUGUGCAUGAAAAGAUGUGUGCUUCUUUGUAUAUACUUUGUAAAUAGAAAAAAUCCAAUGUGCAUUUCAGUAUAUGGCAAGAUAUUUUUAGAACAUGGGGAGAUUUAACUUUUCACUAAUGACAAUUCUUUAAAAUGCUAUGUUCAAAAAUUUUGUCAGCAUCUGCCACAGUAAGUAUGUUUUCCCAUUAAAAUUUACACUUUGUAUAAUUGUUUUUGUCCGGCAACUCUAGAGAAAAAUACUCGUUCCUUUAAAUGAGUGACAGAUAGCUUGCAAGCAAAUUGGGAGGAAAAAAUGGAGAGUGCUUUUUAAAUAUAUAUGUAUAUUGUGUAUAUACUUUUUUCCUUAAUUUAACCAAAUUGGUCUUUCUUAUAUUGCCUGUGGCAAGCAAUGGUGUACAAGCCAACAGAAAACAUACACUACUACCACAUUUAGACUGCCCACGUAUCAUGUCUAGGGACUUACAGUGCUGUUUUAAAUACUCCUUUAAGGAAUGUAAAUUAAAAUCUUGUAUAAAUCGUUUUGUAAUACUUUUUCUACGUGUGAAUAAAAGUUACGUGAACCAGUC